CUUCCUCCCCUCCCCUCCCCUCCCCUCCUCCUCAAGUGAGCCUCUCAGCUGCCGAGGCGAGUGAUGAUGAUGGCGGAGCUGGUUCAGGGACAGGCCUCGGUGGCUCAGCCCGGAACGAAAGAUGACUUCGCAGACACGAUACGCCGGGUGCGACAGAUGGCCGCCAAGAUGGGAGGAGAGCAGAUGCCAAACCUUCACAGUUCCUCACCCGUCAUCGACCCCUCCCUCUAUGGCUUCGGAGGCCAGAAACGCACGCUGGACAAUGGAGUAAGCAACCAUCUUGGCGCAAUGGUACAUCAAAGGGCUCUCACGACAGAAGACUUCAAAGUGCCUGAUAAGAUGGUGGGAUUCAUCAUUGGAAAAGGAGGAGAACAGAUUUCAAGAAUCCAGCUGGAAUCUGGCUGUAAGAUUCAGAUAGCUUCAGACAGUGGAGGCAUGUUGGAUAGACCCUGCACGCUGACUGGCAGUCCUGAGAACAUUGAGCAGGCCAAGAGGCUGCUGAGUGAGAUCGUGGAGCAGUGUCGCUACGGUCCGGGCUUUCACUGCGAGCUAGACGGCAAUGGCGCCAUUCAGCAGAUGCUAAUCCCUGCCAACAAAGUGGGCCUGGUGAUCGGCAAGGGGGGAGAGACCAUCAAGCAGCUGCAGGAGAGAACAGGAGUGCAGAUGAUCAUGAUCCAGGAUGACCCCAUGCCCACUGGUGCAGACAAGCCUCUGAGAAUAACUGGAGACCCCCACAAAGUGCAGCAAGCACGUGAACUUGUGGUCAAGCUAAUCAGGGAUAAGGACCAAGGAGAUUUUAGGGUGGGCAGGGCCGACUUUGGAUCCAAAAUGGGCGGAAGCAGUCUGGAUGUGGUGGUGCCCAGAUUUGCAGUCGGCAUCAUCAUUGGCAGGAACGGAGAGAUGAUCAAGAAGAUUCAAAAUGACGCUGGGGUCAGGAUCCAGUUCAAACAAGAUGAUGGAGUCAGCCCAGACCGUGUUGCCCAGGUGAUGGGCCAGCCUGACCACUGCCACCACGCCGUGCACCUCAUCAAUGAGCUGGUUCAAACUGCCCAGGAGCGAGAUGGCUACGGCGGCGUGAUGGGACGCCGCAGCCGAAGUGAUUGUAACAUGGGCGGCGGUCUCGGAGGGCUACAGGAAGUGACAUACGCCGUACCCGCUGACAAAUGUGGCCUGGUGAUCGGCAAAGGCGGCGAGACCAUCAAGAACAUCAAAGAGCAGUCUCGAGCCCACGUGGAGCUGCAGCGAAACCCACCGCCCAACACUGACCCCAACGUGCGCAUCUUCUCCAUCCGAGGCACACCGCAGCAGCUGGACAAGGCUCGCCAGUUGAUCGACGAGAGAAUUGGGGCUCCCGGGAUGGGAGGAAACAGCAGCUUUGGCAUGAAUCCUUACAACCAAGGAGCAGCCACCCCUCCUCAGCACGGCGCUCAAACGUUCAUGACCGGAGGAUGGGGGGCAACCUUCCAGAUUUGGCAGCCUCCAGGCCAACAGGACCACAGUCACAAUGGAUCCCAGACAGGCCAGAUGGACUGGGAGCAGUAUUACAAAAAGCUAGGUCAGCAAGGACAACAAGCCCAGAGCACCGCUCCAGAAUACAACAAAGCCUGGGGGCACACUUCGACUCCUGGCUCUCAGCAGGCUUCAAAUCCAGACUUCAACGCCUGGGUGGACUUCUACAGGCAGCCCAUGGCCUACUUCAACCAGGGCGCCCAGCAGUCUCAAGCUCCGGGCCUUCAGGUGAGAUGCACAAUGUAUUCUCUCGUUGACAACAGUUCAAUAGGGGGAAAAAAAAAAAAAAAAAGUCAUGAAUCUCUCCGAAAUCCCCCGCUGCCACAAUCCCCCUUGGCAUGUGCAUGAAACACCCUUGCGCGACAGUUCACACAAUUCAGCUGCCAGAAUACUUGACAGCUACUCUACAGUAUGCAGCCAAUCUGGAUGAAACAUGGUGUACUUACUGCACUAUGUAGUGGAAUUCAAUAUAAAAGCUGUGUCAAAAAAAACAUGGCUUUUUAGAUCACGCCCACGUUUUGACAGUAACAUUGAAGACAGUGGAGCUGAAAUAUUUGGUUUAGAGGGGUGGGCUAACGGCUCAUGGGCCAGAUAUAGCCUUCUAAAGCAGGUGAUCUGGCCCACCAUGUCAUUCUAAAUACAUUGAACCCACAAAUGCUACAAUGUAUGAUUAUUAUUUUCUUGCAUAGAUGUAAAUAGAUUAUUCAUCUAUUUUUUUGGGGCGUUUUUUUUUAACUGAGCCCAAAUUUGACAUGCCUUUAAGCUGCUCGUGUGAAGUCAAAGAAAUGGAGCAAUUUAGGUACUAUGAUGCCCUCACAUGUGGCCAUGGGGAGCCAGUCACCGAUGCACUUUCAGCCCCUUAUUGCUUGGGCAAUCGGUCCAAUAAGAUCAAUCACAAGAAGCUGCUGCUGACCACAACUCUCGUCCUUACGCUCACACGCAGCCAAAACAGCCAACCUGACUCUAGCUUCUGACAUCACGCUCUAGGCCACUCCCCUUAAAGGCACAUAUCAACACAUAACUACUACAGUAUGUACAAUAUUUAACCAGUUUAUUUGUGCAAGUGCUAUUUUUUUGUAAGGUGUUAGUGUGAAUGGUUGUUUGUCUAUAUGUGUCCUGCGAUUGGCUAGCAACCAGUUCAAGGUGUACCCCCCCCUCUCGUUCCGAGUAAGUUGGGAUAGGCUCCAGUACGCCCACGACCCUCAUGAGGAUAAGCAGUAAGGAAAGUGUGUGUGUGUGUGUGUGUGUGCGUGCGUGCGUGCGUGCGUACGUACAUGUAUAUAUAUCUGUGUGUGUGUGUAUAUAUAUAUAUAUAUAUAUAUAUAUAUAAUAUACACAUACAUAAAUAUACGCAGGCGUGCUGGAGCCUAUCACAGCUAUCUUCGGGGGAGCGGCAGGGUACAUCCUGAAGUGGUUGCCGGCCAAUCGCAGGGCACAUAUAAACAAACAACCAUUCACACUCACAUUUGUGUGCGUGUGUGUGUGUGUGUGUGUGGACAGAGAGAGAUAGAGAGACGUAUAUUUUAAUUGUUUUUUCCUCUUUAAAAACUGCAUAAACGAGCAGCACUUGAGCUGCAUAUUGUGUAUGAAGUGGGAGCGAUUGCUAUUUUCAUCAGUAUCAGUUUCCACAUGUUGCUGUGUGUGUACUACUCCAUUGUGUGUGUUGUCCCUCAGGAUCACUAGAGAAAGUCUCAUCGCAGAGGAUGAAGACUGCCCUCUUUUUUCUUUUUUUUUUUUUCUCUAUAAUUUUUUUUUAGACUCGCAGCGCCUUGAAGAUUUUUCUUAGUGGGAAACACUAGCUGUAGAAUGACAUUAUGAAAAAAUAUAUUUGAAAUCAGCAGAACCUUUAUUUGUUACUAAAUGCUUAUGUACACUGUUAUUUUGAAUAGGGCGUGUUAUCUGGGAUCCGUUUUUUGUUUUUCGCCAAAAUGAAAAGCGUGUGUGUAACAUUUCAGAGGCAAUACGUAUAUAUGAUCUGUUUGUUCCGUUUCUUGCGGCACCAUGUUGAUUCCGCUUAGCAGUCUUGAAUACCCUUUUUUUUUUUUUUUUUUUUUUUUCUCAUAGUGUCUAAUUCAGUGAAAUGAAACUGUGAUGUUUUGUUACAGCAGAAUGUGUUUUUUGUUACAUGGUUUAAAGCGAAGAAAAAAGCAAUAGUUCUAAUUUAAUUGUGUGUCGUAUGCUGUUCUUUCAUGCAUUGUCAUUUUAUUGUACUCACACACACGGGGGGAAAAAAGGUGCAAUAUCUUAUUUCACGUUUGAAAUACAAAGAUGGCUUCUCUAAUAUUUUGUCUGACUUUUAACUUGUAGUUUUAUGAUGUUUUUUUUCUCUCGCUUGAGGAUAAUUUAUUACAUGAUCUGAUUAUAUAAGACUUAGAGGGAUGUUUGCCUUUGCUACCUUGUAAAAGUGUGUAUAUAUAUACUGUAUAUAUAUGCUCAUGUAUCUGACUGUUAAUUUAAAAAAAAAAAAUGUUUCAUAUAGAAAUGAUCUUUCCUACCACCAGUAUUGUAGGAAAAGUGUCCCUCUUUUUUUUUUUUUUUUCUCGGUUCUUAUUUUCUUAUACUGCUCCAAGAUUGUGAAUGUGAUUGAAAUUGGAUGUUGCAUCUUGUUAUGAAGAAGAAAUAUGUUGCCUUUUUGUUUUUUUGUUUUUUUUUGGGGGGGGGGGGGGGGUUGUACGUUUUGUGCGUGUGUUCAAGACUGCUAAGCCUCUGUUUCCUUCUACCUUUGCGAUGAUUGAUUGGUUUUUGUUAUGUUUUAAGAAGUGUUAUGAUCGAAAGAUACGCUCUCCUUCGGUACCUCCCGCUUUUGUCCGAUGCUAAUAACUUUUUAAUUAUUUUUUUAUUUCUUUGUUGUGUGAUCUAAUAUAAAAACAUUGACGAUGUUGCGUCGUCAUGGAGAUCUGAUUCUUGUAUUAACGUCAUUUCUUAAUGAAAAGGGAUAUAAUUUGAAAAAAAUGUCUAUGGUGGGUUUACUUUUGGUGUACAGUUAACCAUGUAUUAAAAAAAAAAACAUCCAGACUACCUUCAUUGUGUACUGUUAUACAAGCUGUUUUUUGUUGGUUGUAUUUGUUUUUGAUGCCUGAGAGUUCUAUUGUGUAAAUACAACCAUGAUAGGCCAACUGUGUAUGUUUUAUUAGCAGAAAAUCUAUUUUCUAUAUAGCCUGUUGACAGUUCUCAAAAGUCAGAAUAAAUUUUCCGCAAGCCUCUCUUGUGGUUGACCUCCA